AUGAGUAUGGCGCGCCGGGUCUCCCAUCCGGCGAAGCGCGCCAAAAUGGGCGAACGGACCAUGCUGGCUUGCACAAACUGCAAGCAGCGCAAACUAAAGUGCGAUGGGAGAAGCCCAAAGUGCAGCAAUUGCACUAGAACGGACCGAGACUGCUUGGUAGAAGACCCGGCUACGGGCUUGCACCGCCCGCGGGAUUACGUGCAAUCUCUCGAGGCACGAGUGGCUUAUCUGGAAGGCCUUCUACAAGGAGUACGACCCGAGGUGGCUGUUGAUCACUUUGCAGGCAUUGACCGCUCUCAACAGUCCCAACAGGCCGAUGGAGGGGUUUUGGACUCUGCUGGUGCUCCUGGUGCUACCGCGAAUGCUACAACUGGCCCACAACAGCAGGCCUCAGGAAAUACGCCCAACAAUGAUCUUGAUGAUGUGCGAUCCACCGAUGCUGACGAAGGUGACCUUCUCAGCAACGAAGUAGCACUUCUCUGCCUCAGCGCCGCUGGACGUGAGCCGCAGUACUUCGGCCCUUCAUCUGCUGUUCACUUCUCGCGCAUCGUUAGUAGCACUCUGCGCUUGCCCCGUCGCGGAGCCGGCGCAGCAAGCUCUCAUUAUAGCAACACGAGUGGCUCGGCCACCCGCCACGCCACCGCUCGCUAUCAGGAGUUCCCUGACCCGGGCAUGAUGGCCAAGCUCUCGGAGGCGUAUUUCAACAACAUUCACCCGCAGUAUCCAUUUCUCCAUCAACCAACCUUUCGGCUCAUGGAACAAGAAUGCUUAGAGGCUAGCCUGCGCAAUGAUGUCGGUGAUGCUAGUGAAACUUCGCUCUUUUUUGUGCUUAUGGUCUACGCAAUUGGCUCUCUGGCACUGGGACAUAGCGAGGUUGAUGCAGCAGAAGGAUAUUACGCCAUGGCCCUCAACAACAUUGCACCCCUUCUGGACAUGGACAAUCUACUGUCGAUACAAGCAAUGCUUUGCUGUGCAGUAUAUUCUGUUCGAUCGCCGGCUGGGGUCAGUCUAUGGAAAAUAUCAGGAAUGGCCAUGCGGCAUUGUAUCGAAUUGGGCUAUCACCGCAGCACAGAGAGGUAUCGCAACUCGGUAGAUACGCUUACCAAGGAGAUCUCCAAGCGUUGUUUUUGGGUCGCUUAUGACAUUGAUCGUGUCGCAUCCUUUAUUCUUGGCCGUCCAGCGGGCAUAUCGGAUGGUGACAUUGACGUUGAGUUACCCUUAGAUAUUGAUGACGAACAUAUAACGCGCGACGGCUUGCUCUGCCCGCCGAGAGAGAACCCUCUCGACCCGCCAACUCAACUUACUGGUGCUCUCCAUUCCAUCAAGCUUCGACGACUAUGGUCGAAGUUCAACGACAAUUUAUAUUCCCAUCAUGGUGGUGACGGCGGCAGAACCUCAAACGGACUUGCGGUGGAGGCUUUGCGUCAGGAAUUAGAAGAGUGGCGUGCCACAUCUCCAGAUAAACUGGAUAAUCUUCAUGCUCGCCCACUGUCAGUGUUUGCCUCAAAUGACUGGUUUCAGCUGGCCUACGGCUACUCCAUUUUACUUCUCUAUCGGCACUACAUCAUCGACAGUCCUGACCCCACCGCCCAGGCGCCGAGCCCUUUGAUACAGGAAAACGGUGAGCCGGACGUCCGUGACCGCGCAUUUGAGAUCUGCUCAACGCAUGCACGGCAGAUGUGCCUCAUGUACCGACGCCUAUACCAGUCACAACACUCGCAGAUUCAAUUUACGUGGGGCAGCCUGCAUAUUCUGUUCCUAAGUGGACUGACGUACCUCUACUGUCUAUGGAAGUCCCCUUACAUUCGUAAGCGCACGCCACAGAGCAUCGUCAUUAACACAUGCAUGGCGUGCACGACGGUUCUCAUCAUCAUCGCCGAACGCUGGAAUGAGGCGAGCUCUUACCGUGACAUCUUCGAGCUGCUCUCAGAGAGCACCAUCACUAUGAUCUGUGGCAAUGGCGGGGCCACAGUAAGCGGUGGUGAGAGUUCGGAGCUGGCGGCCCUGACAAGUCUGAUGACUGGCGGCGGUACUUAUCUAUCUGGUGGCCUUGGUGGAAAUGCAAGUGGUAGCGGAAAUAUUCCUGGGAAUAUGCACGAUACGUCUACAACUACUGAUGGGCCCGGAGGAAAUCCAGAACAGGUUGGAGGACCUGACAUGCCUUUGCAAGACUGGAUUAUGGCCUUGGACUAUGUUGCUGCCCCCGGAGAUUCACAAUGGUUGGCCCAGGAGCUACUUCAGGGCAUCAGAGAUUUCGAAGCAGAGACGAACGUUACUUCGCUGAAUUGA